AAACAUUCAAAUCUAUAUUAUGCAAAAAAAUCAAAUUUGUCCGAAGCAGGGAUAAUGCUCAUUUAUAUUGAUGAACUUCGUUCUCCAAACCGAGAAUCGUCCUUUAAGAUGUGUAGCUUAACCUAUUUAUUGACAGGAGAAUGGACUGGAGUGAUGCCGAAAGAUUCAGCUAUAUAUACAGACAACGCUAUAUUAGUUGGCAAUGAAUGCGACUUUAAAGAAGAAACACAUUUGUUGAAAAUCCGUCCACUCGAUGUCCACCCGGCUAAGUUCUACAAUGGUGAAAAUACUGGUCAAGGAGUAAAUACAUUAGAGGCUGAAGUCUGGUCCAGCAUAUAUGGUUAUGGCCUACAAUAUUCUAUUAAUUUGCAUGAAGCUUACGUUGAU